CUUUGAUUUACUUCUUCAAUGUUUUCUUUUGUCAAUUUCAACUAUAUGAGCCCGCGUGACAGUAGACCAGCGGAUUCACUUUUCAACCGCUGUAUAUGAAAACUGUGGGCUCAUAUUCAAGAUGGCGUCUAACAAAAUUUCAGCGGAGUUGGAUGAUGUGGAGGAUAAUGGCGAAGCAAAUACUUCAACUGCGUCAUCGUCGUCUCUCUCGCCUUCAUCGUCUUCUUCUUCUUCAAUUAGCAACAAAAGAGCUGAAAGAAUGAAGCGAUUGAAGGAACUACACUUGAGAAGGAAUGAAGCAAGAAAAAUGAAUUAUCAAGAAGUUGCUGAAGAAGACAAGAGGAACAAGCUGCCAUCUAAUUUUGAAGCUAAACAGAGGAGAGUGGAGUGGGAACUUCAAGAAGAAGAGGCCAGAAAGGCUGCCGAGGACAGAGGAGAGGAUUAUGACAGGACAAAGAUGUUACAAAUGACGGCUGAUGAAGCUGAAAGAAUGGAAAGGAAAAGAAGGAAGAGAAAUCCUGAUCAAGGAUUUUCAGAUUAUGCCCAGGCACAACAAAGACAAUACAACAGACUUGUUAAGCAGUUGAAACCUGACAUGGGAAAAUACAGCAAAUUGAAAGAUGAAGUAGGUGAAGAACUCUAUCCAACUGUGGAUAACCUGAACUAUGGUGGAGAGGGAAAAGUACCGGAAGAAGCGAUUGAUAGAAUGGUCGACGACUUGGAAAAACAAAUUGAGAAGAGAUCCAAGUUUAGUCGAAGAAGAGCUCACUAUGAUGAUGCAGACAUUGACUACAUUAAUGAGCGUAAUAUGAACUUCAACAAGAAACUUGCUCGUUAUUAUGAUCCAUUCACUGCUGAAAUCAAACAGAACUUGGAAAGAGGAACUGCCGUGUAAUGAUAUUAAACUUGCAGAGUUCAUAUCUGACUACCUGUAGCAUUUUAUACUGCAACUACUUCAACCAGAGCCACUUGACAGUUAGAUAAGAGAACCAAUUAAAAUGUAGAAUGAAAACAACACAUUCCAACUUUGGGUAGUAGAGCCAAUCAUAAACCUUGACCGCACGAGUAUUGUGAUUUGACCCUGGUGUUCUGCGUAAACGUGAUCAUUUUCUCAUGGAAUAAAGAGAUAUCGCUGUCUAAGUGGCCCCAGUUAUAGUGGCUGCACUGUAACCUAUUUGAUGUAAGGCACUUGUAAAUAUCAUAACUAUGUGUGAUGUCAGACAAGUCUGAUAAUAAACCACCACUCAACAGACAUUA